UUCACGAUGCUGAUAUUGUACCUAUGUGUUAUUGCAAGCUCCUUUAUGAUGGGGCUAUCACAACUAACUACGAUGGGCAACGGGAUAUGGUCUCUGGUGAACAUAGCGAAGUGCGACCGUCAGCUGGAUUCGGAGGCGAUAAUAGUGGACAUUAAGAGGAGCAGGAUCAACCGCACGCACGACGGCAUAUCCGCCAAGCUUGACGUCGCAUUAAUAAUUGACGACUCUUAUGGGAUACUCAUAGACGUGUGCAAGUUCGUCGACGGUGGAUGCAAACAGUACCAGAUCAUAUCUGACGAUAGUAUCAUCAAUUUAAUAGACAAAUACGCUAAGGAAAAUGUUAUAAGAGCAUUUGAGCUCGCUAAAAUCGACCCACCGGAGUUUCCUGUUUAUGAAGGUAACUACGUCAUAGAAGACUUCAUAAUGGACUAUUGCGAGCUGCCAACGAAUUGCGUCUUCGGCAAGUUUGAAGCUGAAGUUUACCUGGUCAAUAACGAAGGUGAAAAGGUGGCAUGCCUGAAGGUGGUGAUCGUGUUCGACGCGCCAGAGGACGAUGAAGAACUUUGUUAAUAGGCAG